UAGAUAUGAAAGGUUACACUGCAUGGGGAGUGCUCAGUAAAGCAACACCUUUCUGAAAUUUCUGGCUUUCAGUUGGGAAUCUGUGUUCAGGGCAGAAGAAAUCUCAGUUGAGAAAAGCCAGGAAGCUUACAAUGGAAGCUGAACAAAACCCACCGGGUGAUAUGUAUGUAAUAAGGACAACAAGGGAGUUCGGGAGAACAACUACUGUAUGAAGGGUAAUCUCCAGAAUCCAGCUAAUGAUGGAAAUAGCAAAUUUAGAAGCCACAAAACAGAACCUCCACCACCUGAACUCAGACCUUGAAAAGGAUCUGCAGUCACUGGAUGAGGCAAAUGUGGCUCUUGUUAGAAAAAUUGAAGAGAAAGAAAGAACUAUUCAAAGUCUGGAAAGAGAUCUCAUGCUGUCAGCAGAAAGAGAUGAAGAGAAGGAGGAGUUGAACCAGAUCAUAUCUGAGAAGGAGAAUGCCUUGAAAGACUUGGAGGUAGAGACAGCAAAGCUGGAAAAAAAGAAUGCAAUCCUAAACAAGAAUGUGGAGGAGCUUCAGAGGAAGAUUUCAAGGGGAUUUAAGAAUGUUGGCCCUACUAAAGAAACCCUGAAGCAGAAUUUGGCAGAAUUGAAGGUGAAGCUACAACAGUCAACAGAGUCCUGUGCACAGCAAGAGAAGGAAAUGGCUAAGGCGAAGAGUGACUACCAAUUCAUUCGAGAGCGGUGUGAGGACCAGGCCCACUGCAUAAAGAUGUACCAGGAAGCUCUGAGGCGGUUGGAAAAGGAAAUGGAAGUGCUGAUGCUUAAUAAAGAAAUAGCCAAAGCUCAGAAUUCUUCCCAAGCAGUGAAGCCUGGAUCCGUUUUGGUAGAGAUCAUUCAAAGCAACAUGAAGAAGACUAUAAUUAAGAAACAGAAGAGGAUCUCUUUUUUUAGGCUUUUCCGCUGGGUUUUCUUUAUGGCCCUGAUCUUCACUGAGCUGCUGUGUUACCUGCUUUUCCACCUACAGUACAUAAACCCAGACCUUCUCGUGGACACCCUGCCCAUGCUGAUGAGCAGGAGCAACCUGAAGAGGCUGAGAGACUUCUUAUCCCCUUUCCUCACUCUCGAGGCAGAACGCCUUCUCCCACACUAGUCUGGGGUGACCAACAGGCCUCACGUUGCCCUAGAGGAGAGGAACCAUGGCUGUGGCUUUAUGUAGGGGUGUGGGCCAGGAAGGAAGUUGAAGCCUAUGACUCAAGAGCUGCUACUUCACAUCUGAUCUUUUCUUUCAAUUUUUUCCCCUUGUUCUCCUUUUGGAGUAUUUCUCUUUCAAAUGAGCAAUAUGUUUGACCAGAGACUACUGUGUUGGUCUGUGAGCAGCAGGAAAUAGGUCACAGAUGCCUCAUCUGGCUCUACAGUUACUCACCACCAUUCUCCUACCUGCAUGACCCCACCUUCUGGCAAAUCAGCAGUGGCAGUAGAUUCUCAUAGGAGUGUAAACCAUACCAACUGCACACAGGGGGCUCGAUUGCCUGCUUCUUUAUAUAUAUCAUCCACAAACUACUCUAACCCACCCCACCCCGUCUUUGGAAAAAAUGUCUCCCAUGAAACCACUACUUUAGAUGUAGCCAAAUACCUUGUUCUCAUUCAAAUUCCAAUUCAAAUGUCAUCCUUCUUAUAAACUCCUCUGUUCCCUCUUUCUCACUUCUGAAUGCUCUUAGCACAUUCUCUGGACUUUCUAUCCUGUCCUCUUCUGCCUUCUGGUAUCAUAACUUUGACUUUGGGACUAGUGUUCCUUAAUUUAUGCAUCAUCUCACACAGCCCCGUAGCAUGGUGUCUUUACAAAGUAAGAUUUAGUAAAAUGGAGUGAUUCCUUGGAUAAUUCGUAUCUAGAGGAUAACAACUGGAACCAUGAGUCUAAACUCUGUAUUGUGAGGGCUCACACUUUUGCAGGACAGCUGGCAGGACGUUGCUAGAACAGAAGGAAGGGAGGUAGAUGUGGCACAGAAUACAGGGUCAUCUCGUCAACUGUUGUAUCUCCAUGGUUACAGAAGCUAGACUGAUAGAGGCACCUUCUCAGAUAGCUCCUUCUUCCUAGGCCUUCCUCGUGUUGUCAAGUGACCUUUUCUUUUAUAGGGACUGUUCUUAAUACAGGUUUUAACUGAAUUUCCCUGGGAAGAGAUACUACGUGUUUGCUCUGGCUUGCAGACAUGGCUUUGUCCCAGAUUUUCUUUCUGGGGUCUAAGGAGGAAGAAAAGACAGUAAUUCAGAACAAAGCUUCCACACAAUGAAAAUAAAAUCAACACCACCCUCUUGUGGCCAAAUAAAAGCUCUUUGCAUUUCAGCAGGUUUCACCAAAGAAGUGGUUAGCAAUUAGAAUUAGGAAAGACGGAUUAGGUAUCAGUCCUGGGAAAUUCUCUCUACACCUAAUAAUUCCAAUCAGUCCUCAUCCAUUAAUUCAACAAAUAUUUAUUGAGCAUCUUCCUUGGGUUAGUAUUCUUGGUGCUGGGUUUUUGGCAGUGAAUAAAAUAGAACUGUGCCUACACUGUAGUUAGAGGUAGCCAAUAAACAACUGAAUCUACAAAUAUGUGAUGCUAUUAAAUGGUAUAACAAAGUCAGGUGGGGGAGAAGGGAAUACUGAGAAGGAGCAGUUACUGCUUGCUGAUGAGGCGGCAUCAUAAAGAAGACCUGAAUGUGUUGCAGGAGCUGUACAGAGGCUAAGGGAGCUAGUGUGGUGGACAGAGAGAGCAAGCACAGAUGGCCUUGAGGUUGGAAGGUGCCUGGUGCCUUGAAUUGCUUUGUGACUUCCUGUUAGUUCAUUAGAAAACAUCUCUUUAUUGGAAUCCAUCCAGGACCUACUGGAUGCAUACUGUUCACUGACCAGAGCAUCCUUCGUGCAGAAGGGUUUUAGCUCGUGACUCUAGGGCUAUAGAUCAAUAUGGAGGAAAAGGCUGUACCAGUCAGAAAAAGUAUUCGGACCCUGGCCCACCCCAUUUGCUGUCACAUAUACUUUACAAAUUCAAAGCUCCUACAUUUCUCACCACACUCGGUCUUUCCCAUAGAUGUAGCCCUCCAUCCCACCAUUCAAGACAGGUUGGAAAUAGCAGCUGGAGAAACUGUGAAUUAUGUGGCCCUCUUUCACAGUCAGCCCUGUAGGAGGAAUUUGGAACCUGGAAAUUGUGUGGGACACUCAUUUUGUCAAAGUACAGGGGCCUUUGCUGCCCCCAGACAACCUGCCUAGGUUCUAGAGGGCCUGGACAGCAUUCCUGAGACCCGGAAGCAGAAAAGGGAUCGCACUACUUAAAGUGAACAGUCCUGAGCUAGAGAAAUGACUUCCAGUGCCUGGAAGCUCACCACUCUAAAAAUAUCCACCUUUCUGAAAAGUUUUAAUAAUGCAAAAUACUAGCACAAGAAGGGACAGGAUCUGAUGGCAUUCAACCAAUGCUAGUUUUCUUUCUCCUGUGUUAGAUAAGUUUGCUUUCACCUAAUUAAUCUUAGUUCUCUUAUAAACUGACAUAGAAAAAUGACUGCCUCCUUCACAGUUUAGUAAUGAAAUUGAACAGCCCUACAAAAUGAACAUCCCCAAGUCUAUUACACUCACCUGACAUGGUUUCUAGAUCAUGUAUUAUUUAUCCUUCCUGGGACACCAACAGAGCCGAACACAAUACUACAGAGGAUGUAUGCCAGGAAAAAGAGUCCAAAAGCCCAAGCUCUGUUUAUUCGGAACCCUUUGCCUUUAUUAAUGCUUUUAAAAUAUCCUUAGCUAUUUUGUUUGGUGCAUCAC